GCAGCGGACGAUCCACCUGGAAGAAGAUGAUUCUGAUUACCUUGGCCUUGGGCCUCACUGUGGCCGCUCUUCUCUACCUUUCCAUGAUCUGGAACUUCAGCUAUUGGAGAAAGCGUCGAGUGCCGGGUCCCAAGCCCAAGAUCUUCACUGGAAACUAUCCCAACCUGUACACAAUGAAGCGAAAUAUGAUUUACGAUCUUAACGAUAUAUAUAAGGAAUACAAGAACAAGUAUGAUGCGGUGGGCAUUUUUAGUGGACGUGUGCCUCAACUCUUAGUAGUUAGUCCAGAGCUAGCUCAUCGUGUUUUUUUGACAAAUUUCAAGAACUUUCAUGACAAUGAAUUGUCCAAGCUGACCGACGAAAAGAGCGACUUCAUUCUAUCCAACAAUCCGUUUUCCCUCACGGGCGAAAAGUGGAAACAACGCAGGGCUGAUAUAACGCCUGGACUGACCAACAGUAGGAUAAAGUCAGUCUAUCCAGUGACGAACAAGGUGUGCCAGCAAAUGACUGAGUGGGUGAAAAAGCAAAUACGUUUGGGCUCACGCGAGGGACUUCAUGCAAAGGAUUUGACCCUCCGCUUCACCACCGAAAUGGUCACCGAUUGCGUUUUGGGUUUGAGUGCCGAAAGUUUCUCGGAGAAGCCUACACCCAUAAUGGCUCACAUCAAUGACCUCUUCAGCCCGAACUGGAGCUUCGUGCUUCUCUUCGCUCUGGUCAACACCUUUCCCUCUCUGGGACACCUGAUCAAGCUGCGCAUGGUGCCCCAUCAUGUGGAGCGUUUCUUUGUCAAUCUGAUGGGUACGGCGGUGAAAUCACGAAAAUCCCAACAGGCCACAGGAAAUUUCCAGCGAACGGACUUCCUGGAUUAUCUUUUGCAGUUGGGUGAGAAGAGGAACCUGGGCACACGUCAUCUGUUGGCCCAUACCAUGACCUUCCUCUUGGAUGGCUUCGAAACGGUGGCCGCUGUCCUGUCUCACAUGCUUUUGUUGCUGGGUCGCGAUGAGGUGGUGCAGCAGCACCUCAGGGAGGAGAUUCUGCCUCAUAUUCGGGAAGGAAGUAUUCCCUAUGAUAAGCUCAACGAUCUGCCAUACUUGGAUGCCUGCCUGAAUGAAUCUAUACGCUUAUUCCCACCUGGUUUUAUGACCUCCAAACUCUGCACCGAAUCUAUAGAGCUACCAAACAAGGAUGGCCCCAAUUUCACUGUGGAUAAGGGGACCGUCAUCGUGAUUCCCCAUGCCUGUCACAUGAUGGAUGAAGAGUACUUUCCCGAUCCGCUGACCUUCAAACCUGAACGCUUCAUGGAACCAGAUGCCGCCAAAACAUUCCGGGAACGUGGUAUAUUCAUGGGAUUUGGAGAUGGUCCGCGUAUUUGCUUAGGUAUGCGUUUUGCCCAAUGUCAAAUUAAGGCCGCCAUCGUGGAGCUUAUUAGCCAGUUCAAUAUCAAGGUUAAUCCCAAAACCCGUAAGGACAACUUGUACGAUCCUUCCCUGUUCCUGGCCAACCUAAACGGAGGUAUUUGGUUGGAUUUGGAGGCCCGUCAAUAAAUGCCAUUUAAUCUUUAGUCAUUACGUCAAAACAUUGUAAAAGAUCCCCUUUAACAGGGGCAGAUUAUUGCUAUGGAUUUUUCUGAUCCGACCAAAUUAAUGUCUGUUCUUUAAUUGAAAGUUGUUUUUACAUAAAUGCUUUUAGUGAUUUGUAAUUUAUUAUUGUGAUUUAUAUCAAAGAAUACAGCUAUAUAAUUAUUCAGAGAAAAGAACCUAUAGACCUUUUUAAUGAUUUAGCUGAGUAA